AUGGCACGCAUCCUUCUUUUCCUCUUCCUCGCGUUUGUGUGUACAGCGUACGCGCAACUCCCAUAUGAUGUACUGAACAUAUAUAAGCCUUUAAAUUCGCACUCUGUGAAUGCCAUUCCGGGGGAUAAAAUGAGUCAAGAAUACGAAGUGAAGGAGAUCAAGGAUGAAGUGGAAAAAGAAUAUUCGGAAAAUUCUUUAAAAAAGCUAGCCGAGAGGUACCACAAAGAUGUGGGCGAAGGGGAACAGAACAUUUUGGAAGAGCUCGACCAGCUUAACGACAUUAUAGGGGAAAGGAUUCUCCACUUAAACAUAUUUUAA